AAUUUUCUGUCCCUUUUUUUUCUUGAGACUGAAGAACGAAUGUAGUAAGUGCUGAGCCGUCAUGGUGCGAAGGUUUUCGAUGCUGUGUUUUUCGGUGUUGGUGCUGGUUUUGAUCUGUUUGCCCGGGUUGUCUGAAUCGCGGGGUCCUCGUUUUGGCAACAAACCGCACCCGGGUCGCGUCGAGCACAUCUACCCCGGUACCCACGGGGAAAUCGUGUACCACCAGGACCCCAGGAUUUUCCAGGGAUCUGAUGCGCUGAAGCAAGGCAGCGUGCAGAUAGACGCCGGCGGCUACUGGGAGACGUGGAAAUUCGGCAAGACCGGCCUCAAGGAAGGCGCCGUGGUGAACCAGAAGCUGGACGACUCUUCGGGCUACUACGAGGGCAUUUCGAAGCCCAAGUACGAGUACCGCCGGUACCAAGGUUUCCGGAACGUGAACGCCGCAACGCCCAGAAUCUGUACUGUGUCCUCCGGGAUCUUUGGAUCCAUGAUCGCCGCGCUCACCUUGAUUUUAACACUGCUGAUUACAUCGGCCAGCUCAAGGAUGUCGUCUAUUUUUUGUCUCGUGCAGCAUGCACCAGCGGUUGAACGGAAGUCGCUGAAUUCGGAAGAGCAAAUGGAGGUUCUUUGUCCGACGAAUGACGUUAAAAUAUACAAUUUGAGUGCUGGAAAAAGUCUUCCGGAAUGGAUUUCGGCUAGGAAACGUCGCAGACUUGUCCAGAAAGAUGUAGACAUUCGGCAGAGAAUAGAAUUGAUUCAAGAUUUUGAUAUGCCUGACGUUUCGAAUGUUGUUGAAGUUUCCCGUGAUAACCAGUAUAUAUUUGCAGCUGGUAUCUACAAACCAAGAAUCAAAUGCUUUGACGUUUCGAAUAUGAGUUUGAAGUUCGAACGCUGCCUGGAUGCUGAAGUUAUAAAAUUAUUGCUGCUUUCUGAGGACUACAAGAAACUUAUUAUCCUUGAGCAAGAUCGUUAUGUGGAGUUUCACACCCAACAAGGAUUCUAUCACAAGAUUCGGAUUCCUAGAUUUGGGCGUGAUAUGGUGUAUAACGACACAAAUUGUGAUCUGUAUCUCUCCGGAACUGGUUCAGAAAUUUAUCGGUAUAAUUUAGAAGCUGGCCAGUUUCAAGCUCCAUUUUCAUCAAGCCUGUGUCCAUCGUUAACGAAGCUUGACCUAAACGUGAGGCAUUACUUGCUGUCAUCCGGAUCUAUGAAUGGAGUCGUUGAAGCGAGAGACCCUAGAUCACGUCAAGUAGUUGGAUCUGUUGUAGCCGCCGAUGUGCCUAUCACGUCUCUGAAAUCACGAAAUGACGGUUUAAUUACUGCCGUUGGAACAUCAGAUGGUAGAGUAAUCUUAUACGACAUCAGAUCGCCGACGCCACUUCUGAUGAAGGAUCAUUUCAAUAAACUACCAAUCAAGUCCAUAGCUUUCCACUCAAAUCCCGAUUUAGUCUUCUCUGUGGAUUCCAAAGUAUUGAAGAUGUGGGACCGUAAGUCAGGAGAGCCGUACACUGCGAUCGAAUCAAAGUCUGAAUUGAAUGGACUCUGUGCCGUGCCUGAAACUGGUUUGUUGUUCAUGCCAAACGAAUCCAAGAAAAUGCUCACUUAUUAUAUUCCAAGUCUCGGCCCCGCUCCUCGUUGGUGUUCAUUUCUUGACAACUUGACGGAAGAGCUGGAAGAAACGACUGGAAACGUGCUCUAUGAUGAUUACAAAUUCGUUACGAAGAACGAGCUGGAAGAACUUGGGCUUGGUCACCUGAUCGGAUCUGAUCUACUUCGUGCCUACAUGCAUGGAUAUUUCAUCGAUCGCAGACUGCAUGAACGUGCGAAAAUCGUUGCGAAUCCGUUUGCCUUCGAAGACUACCGUAAACGCAGAAUCAAGGAGAAGCUUGGUGAAGCCACCGAAAGCAGAGUAAAAAUAGAGGAUUCGCUUCCUAAGGUUAAUCGAUCCUUGGCAAAGAAACUCAACGAAGCCAAUGAUCCACGCUUAAUCGAAGAUGAACGCUUUGGUGUUAUGUUCAAAAAUCCAGAUUUCCAGAUCGAUGAACAGUCAGAUGAUUAUCGCCUUUUGAAUCCGCUGGUUGCAAACUUGGAAAAGCGGAGCAGAAUGAAGAAAGAAAACGUGGCGAAAGCGAAAGAGUUUCGGCUUGCGGACGAAAUGAUGGUCGACGGAGACGCAUCAUCCUCGGAUGAAUCUUCGGAAGAUGAGCGAGAAAUCGCUAAGGAACUAAGAAAACAGUAUCGCGAAAUGCAGCGAAAGAGACCAUCCUCUCCGUCUGUGGAACGUGAGCCAGAAGAAACUAAGGCAGUCGUGAAAGAGAUAGAUGACCCUUCGAAAAGUCAAGCUCGGCAAAAACGGAAAGCCACGCUGGGUGAGCUGUUGGAAAAGCGGGACGAAGAUGAAGUCGUUGCGAAUCACGCCUUAGGCUCGAAGGAGAUCACUUUCAAGCUCAAAUCGCGCAGAAAUAACUUGCGGGAAGUUGAGAAAAAGCAGCACUUGGAAGAAAGGAAAAGACUACGGCGACCCGUGGGUCCUAUGCGGGGAAGGCGAAUCCUCAGAUAA